AUGGCUGCGCGCGGCCUGGGGCGCGGCCUGGGGCUGCUGGUGCGCGGCCUGUGCGGGCGGCCGGGGCGGCCGGGGCGGGCGGGGCGGGCGGGGCGGGCGGCGCGCGGGCUCAGCGCCUCCCCCGCGGCCGCGCAGCCGGGCUCGUACGAGGCACGGAGCGCCCUGGCCGCGCGGGAGCCCGCCGCCUUCUGGGGGCCGCUGGCGCGCGACGCGCUGGUGUGGGACGCCCCGUACCACACCGUCUGGGACUGUGACUUCGGCAGCGGCAGGAUCGGCUGGUUCCUGGGAGGCCGGCUGAACGUGUCCGUCAACUGCUUGGAUCAGCAUGUUCAGAAGUCCCCGGAGAGUGUUGCUUUGAUCUGGGAGCGGGAUGAGCCUGGAACUGAAGUGAGGAUCACAUACAGGGAACUGCUGGAGACCACAUGCCGCCUGGCCAACACGCUGAAGAGACAUGGAAUCCGUCGAGGGGACCGUGUGGCCAUCUACAUGCCUGUUUCCCCACUGGCGGUGGCUGCAAUGCUGGCCUGUGCCAGGAUUGGAGCCGUCCACACCGUUGUCUUUGCUGGCUUCAGUGCAGAGUCCUUGGCUGGGAGGAUCAAUGAUGCCAAGUGCAAGGUGGUCAUCACCUUCAACCAAGGACUCCGGGGAGGGCGCGUGGUGGAGCUGAAGAAGAUCGUGGAUGAAGCCGUGAAGCACUGCCCGACCGUCCAGCAUGUCCUGGUGGCUCACAGGACGGACAACAAGGUCCACAUGGGGCAUCUGGACAUCCCUCUCGAGCAGGAGAUGGCCAAGGAGGAUCCUGUGUGUGCCCCAGAGAGCAUGGGCAGUGAGGACAUGCUUUUCUUGCUGUACACUUCAGGGAGCACUGGGACGCCCAAGGGACUCGUCCACACCCAGGCGGGCUACCUGCUGUAUGCUGCCCUAACACACAAGCUUGUGUUUGACUACCGGCCAGGUGACGUCUUUGGCUGUGUGGCUGACAUUGGCUGGAUCACAGGACACAGCUAUGUGGUGUACGGACCUCUGUGCAAUGGAGCAACCAGCGUCCUUUUUGAGAGCACCCCGGUUUACCCCGAUGCUGGUCGAUACUGGGAGAUGGUGCAGAGGUUAAAGAUCAAUCAGUUCUAUGGGGCCCCGACGGCUGUCCGGCUGUUGUUGAAAUACGGCGACUCCUGGGUGAAGAAGUAUGACCGCUCUUCCCUGAGGACCCUGGGGUCAGUGGGAGAACCAAUCAACUUCGAGGCUUGGGAGUGGCUCCACAAAGUGGUGGGGGACGGCAGAUGCACGCUGGUGGACACCUGGUGGCAGACAGAAACGGGUGGCAUCUGCAUUGCACCACGGCCCUCAGAAGAAGGGGCAGAGAUCCUCCCUGGCAUGGCGAUGAGGCCUUUUUUUGGCAUUGUCCCAGUGCUCAUGGACGAGAAGGGAAAGGUCGUGGAGGGUGGUAACAUCUCCGGGGCUCUGUGCCUGUCCCAGGCCUGGCCAGGCAUGGCCAGGACCAUCUAUGGAGACCACCAGAGAUUCAUGGAGGCCUACUUCAAGCCUUACCCAGGCCACUACUUCACUGGUGAUGGGGCAUACCGGACAGAGGAUGGCUACUACCAGAUCACAGGGCGGAUGGAUGACGUCAUCAACAUCAGUGGCCACAGGCUGGGGACGGCAGAGAUCGAGGAUGCAAUGGCUAACCACCCUGCUGUGCCAGAGACUGCUGUCAUUGGCUACCCGCAUGACAUCAAAGGAGAGGGUGCAUUUGCCUUCAUCGUGUUGAAGGACAACACAGGUGACACAGAUGCAGUGGUGAAGGAGCUCAAGUCAGCAGUGGCCACCAAGAUUGCCAAGUAUGCUGUGCCCGAUCAGAUUCUGGUAGUGAAGCGUCUUCCAAAGACUCGGUCUGGAAAAGUCAUGCGGAGGCUCCUGAGGAAGAUAAUCACAGGCAGAACUCAAGAUCUGGGGGACAUCACCACCCUGGAGGACCCCAGUGUCAUCACAGAAAUCCUGAGUGCCUACCAGAAAUACAAAGACAAGCAAGCUUCCUCUCAGUGAGGAGCUCUGGUCAAGACCCAGUGUCCACACCCCUAACAGAAUGUAGCUCUCAGAUUUGCUUAUUUCCUGCUAUCUCAGAAGCAGUACUCUCCAGAGCAUAACCCAUACUGCCCCAAUGUGAAGCCUAUGCUAAGCCUUGCCUUCUUUCUGCUGAGAACCAUGAAGAGGUACUAUCAGACAUGCUUAUUAGCAUUUGUUCCCCUUGUCCCAAAUUUGGUUUCCUGGAAUGAAAAGCCAUGGUCAUCUCCAUUUCUGUUGCCUCCAGACAGCACAGGAAGGUGAAAAGCCUGGUAAAGCAUGUCUGCUUAGAUCACAGAACUAGAAGCAAUGUUUUUUUCCGGAUGUUUCUAGAUACAAAAAGGCAGAAAUUUUAUUUUUAUACUUUUAUAAUUUUGGAAGAAUGUGCAAAUACACACAUGUAGUGUGUAGAUUUAUAUGUACAUGUUCUUCGUAACAUUUAGAGUUAUGAAAAUCUCCUUUUGUGCCUUUGCUUAUGGGGAAAUAUGGAGGUCAGAGGAUGAAUUUUUAAUGUUUGGCAUACUAAGGAAUCUGUAUUGGAAAUGUCUGUAUCUCUGUCUAAAUAUAGCUAUCUUGAUAACUUUCAAA